GCUAAUUUUCAACCCUGACAUACAGUAUCAGUACAAUGAGAAUAGUGUUAUAAAUGGAUAACAAAGUAAUAGUGUGUCUGUGAAGGUAUUUUAUACUUAAUAAUGCAAAAUAAAAUUGUGUGGUAACCUGUGGGUUACCAGGUCUGUAUUUUUAUUUUGUGGUAAACUGUACAUGGGUUAACAGACACAUUGCUUAAUGAGAUUUAUCUACUCUUCAUAUCUUACAAUGUAUACAGUGAUUACAGGAUAAAUACAAAUUAAUUAUUACAAAUGUCAAAAGUAAUUUGUUUUUUGUCCUAAUAUACAUGUCAGCCAUUCAUGAUUCUCAUUUGUUGAAAAUGAAAAAUAUUGAAAUAUUUUGAAGCUAAAUGUUUCUCAUGGGUCGACUUCUUAAUAAGUUAAUAAAAAUGUGUUUUCAGGACUUGAAAUUAGGGACUAAACUCAUAGCCGAGAUUGACUUAUAGAUGAAUGUGUUAACACCAAUGACAAAUUACACAUAAUGAUGCCUACUGUACACCCCUCAUCUGAAAGAGUAAAAUGUUGCAGUUUACAAACUAAUAAAACAAGUCACAAUAAUGUAAAAAUGAUGGUUAAUAUAUUUAUAUAUAGACUACAUUUUCAUGUGAGAGAUAAUAUCAAUUGAUAAAACAUAUUUUGUUGUUUAGAUUAAUUUAGAGAUGUUUUGUUUGUAAAGUAAUAAAAAUUACUUAAGCUUUUUGUUGUCUGCUUUUAGAAACAUUCAUUGUAGAUUGGAAAUGGUUAGACAUAUUUCACAUGGUGCAGUAAUUUCUUGAUUUUUCAAACAACUUCACACAAUAACACCAACAACAUAAUAUCUUAAGACCAAUCAAAAUAAUCAGUUCAAAGGUAAUACAUAUUGUAAUAAAUAUAACACAAUAAAAUCUGGGCUAGCAUUAUUGAAACAUUUAUUUAGUUAUGCUUUAAAAAAGUUCAAAUGACAUUUCUAAUAAUAUUGUUUGUGAGCUGGAACAAUAAAUUGGAGACAAAAAUAUAAAUUAUGGAUUACGUAUUAUUUGAUAUAGAUAUACAGAUUAUGGGAAAAUGUUAUUUGUGUCAGUGAGUGAUACUAAAUAAGAUUAUGGUACUUGUAGGCAUAAAUUCUUGUUUAUUUAUUUAUUUAAUAAUAGUGGAAUAUUAAUAAAGGUUGUUUUUAUUUCAGGAUAAUGGUUGACUGAUCUGAGAAGCCUAAGUACUGUUUAAUCAACAUGACUACUAAACCAAGGGUGAGUCGUCUUGGAGGAGUAGCUCGAAUAUUUGCUAACUCUAUAAAGGAUUUUACAGAAAAGCCAGAAGUCAGAGUUGGUACGCCUAAAAAGGAUAAAAACAGCAAUAAAAGUAAAUCACCAUCACCACAUGGAUAUAAUCUGAAUGAAAAUUCCCUUCCAUUGUUUGAUGACCCUGGAGAUGGUAUUAAUGAAAAGCAUUGUUUUGUGCCUUUGGAGAAAGAUAAAAAACAUAAAUCGAAUAUCUCACCUUCCAAAGAUAUUCAGUCAUGUGAAAGUAUCAAAACAUCUGCACAACCAAAGAUGUCAGAUGAAAGCAUUUUAAUUGAACAAUCUAAAACGGACGAAAUUAUUUUCAAGAAGAAAACUGACAUCAUGUGUGAUAGUGUUAAAAGAAACUUAAGUUGUAAACUUCCUCAUAAGAUUGCAGAUGAACCGAAAGAGAGCCCGUUUCCAGCAGUUUCUUCCAAGACAUUUAAAACUACAUAUUGUUUAACACGGUGUUCUUCAAACCAUGAGACAAAAGAAGUGAAUACAGUUUGUAAAAACACAUCUUGCAAAAAACCCUUUGGAGAGGAAGAUUGGACCUCUGACUUGCUUGACCCAAAUGUUGUUGAAAGUGCAUAUUCAGACAAUAAAUUAACAGUGUCUUCCAUGGCAUUUGGCCCAUAUGACUACACCAAUAACGGUAUGCGUUUUUUAUCCACAGCUCGUAUGAGUGAAAAUAUUGCUACCACUAGUGAGGACCAAAAUCACGAUUUUCCAAAAAAGGAAUGUACAAGCAAUUCAAAACACGCGACCAAGGAAAAUGGAGGACAUCAAUGUAAAAGUGACAGUUUUCCCACUUACAAUUCAAGUGAUGCCUCAGAUAUGACUAUCUGUGAACAACAUUUAUCAGAAAGUAAAAUUCAAGCAGACACUCACAAGUGUGAUAAAACACCUAGUUUCCAAUCUAAAAGAUUUACUCAUCAAAGGAGGAGGAUUCACAGUUCAAGUGCAUGUGAAUCGCCAAGAUACCAAAGUGGUAAUGGUGAUGAUACUACCAAAGAUACAAAAGACCUACCUGAAGGUCAAAUUAACCAAGGUGAAAUUGAAACACAACAAAUAGUGUAUACAAAAUUAAAUGGUCAUUCACAUUCUGCCAGCCUGAAAGUGAACCCUAACAUAAGAAAUAGCGUUGGUAAUAAGAAGAUUACUGGAGGGUUGCAUUCUCAGAAGACUGAUUAUGUUGAAAUAGAGAAGAGUAACGGUGGAAAUAUGAAAAGUCAGAUGAAUGCAGUGAAUUGCAAGAAGUCAUCAAGUGACGUUUUAACCAAAAGAACAGUAGAACAGAUCAGUACAUCUGACAAAAGUGUCCUUCAUACAUGUAAUUCUUAUAGUGUUGGAGAUAUUAAUGAUGAUAAAACGUCAAGUCAACAGUUUUUGGAUAGCCUUACAGGAGGUUCGAGUUCUAAGUCAAAUGGUGAUGAUGAUGAUGAUAAAGCAUCAAAUGUACCAUGUAAAACACGAAUUGUAAGAAAGAGAGGCAGAAAUAGAUCAUUAAAAGACAUGUUUGAGGAGCACGAAGAAAGUGAACCUACAAACACUUCAGAAAUACCCAAGUUCUCUGUUGAGAAAUGUAAUGACAAUCAUGUUCAUUCACUUCUUAAUAAAAAGUGUAUGAAGACUGAUGUGAUUGACAAGGCAAAAGGUGUAGAAAAGGACUCGAAAGUACAAAAUGAUUUGGCUUGUCUGUAUGAAGAUUGGUCAGAUGAACCCAUAAACACCAGUAGCCCACGUGUUAAGAUUCUGUCAAGUGUUCCUGACUACCUUGACUUCAAGGAUAAUAAUACUGAAAGUCAAACUGACAGUGCCUCCAACUUUUAUUCGUCUGAGGCAUCAUCUACAUACAGUUCAGAGGAUGAAGAUGGUUUAUAUGCUAUAUGUAGCCAAGAAGAUGAUUCCAUAGAAGCUAUCAGAUAUAUAAAGUUGCCGCACUCGCCGAAGACUCGAGAAUCGGAGCAUUCCUCUUUAGGGAGUCCUAAACAUGUGUAUGGUGUUCCUGUUGAUCAAGAUAGGGAUUUGGUACAUUUGAGUUCAACUGUCCAGCAGCAACUUGGUAACCCAGGUUCUAUCCUACGCAAUGUUUGUGAAUAUGAAAUAGAUGAUGGUGGUGAUUAUUCUGAUUCGGAAGUCUUCUAUGCUAACUGUAAAACUGUGAAGCCAACAUUUUCCACUUCAGAACACCCAAAAACAGUUACUGGAAAUCUGGAACUAACUAAACAUUCUCUAUCAUCAAACAAUUUAAGCUUUUCUAAUCAUGAUGCCUGUGACAGCCCAAAUGAUAGUUCAUCAUCCAUACAAACUUCUGGAACAGACAGUUCAGCUGCUACACAUGCUGAUAUUUUUGAACAUGGAUCUCUAGGAUGUAUCCAGCCACAAAAGUGUUUUCCUCAAUAUAAAUGUCAUCAAGAUCAUACAUAUAACCACAAGUUGCUCUCUAAGCUUGAUCUCAGCAUUCCUUUGAAAGACAUUCGUUCCAAAGAAUCUCAUGAAAGGAUGCUUGAAUAUGUUAAAAAUGCUUUAGUGAACAUUAGUGAAUCACACAGCGAUGUUAACAAGGAUGGCAAAGUUUUACUGAGGACUGUAUACAAUGGUGAAUCAUAUAAUCUUGAUGUUGGAAUUGUUGGUCAUGGGGCUUCACUUUGCCCUUUUUCCGACAGUGAUGUUUCUUCUAACUUUCAAAUUGAAGAAUCCACAUGCCAUGAUCAGACAUGUGCCGACUGCACGAAGCAUGAUAAAAUGGAGAAGCAGAAUAUAUUCGAUACCGCCCAUCAGCCAGGGCAAGAUGCAGAUAGAAAUUGGCCAUCUCAAGGACUUGGUCUUCAGAGAAAUCAACAGCAUCAAGUGAAUGACUAUGAUUCCGGCGACAGUUGGAAAGGCCAAGUGGUACCAUGCUUACAAAAUGAUGGUGCUGGUGAAAAAUAUGAAAGAAAGUUUGUGGAUCAUGAUAAAUACUCUAAAUUAUUGUCCCAUGUAUCUUCUGGUGAAGAGGGCAAGAUUUGUAAAAAUGAUAUGGUUGCAGCUGACAAAAAUAUGAAGUCUGAAGUGCCAUCAUACAUACAGUAUGAAGAUGAGAUUAAUAGUCAUAAACAAGGAACAAUUGUAGAUAAUAUUGGUGAUAUCUCCAUAAAGCCAUCCCACAGGAAAUGCGAAGAGACCAGUACUAUUAAAAGAAAUGGAAAGAAACAGGAUUGUAAUCAAGAAGUAUUUGCUGAUGGUUACAACAACCAUGUAUAUUCUCCAGUUCAUCCAAGUAAACAUUGGAGGUCUCUAUACCAAAGAGAGGACAUCAAUGCUAAUGGCUUCUCUAGAGAUGAACCUCCAUGUGCAGAGACCUCUAGAUUAAAUACUGAUUCAUUUGCUAAGAGGAUCUGGUGUAAAGCAGUGCCGGGUAAACACCGGAGUAAUACUGAAACCACUCCAGCUGCUAAGAUGAGCUACAUUGACAAUGCUGUUAAAGCUAUUGGUCCCAUUGAUGGCAAUACAAAUUGGAUGGGCAGUGGUGAAAGUAGUGGUACUAGCCAAGUCAAAACUGGAAUAAAAGAACCAAGUCAUUGCCCUAACUGUUCCUCCUGCAUACGUUGUAAGCAAAAACAUAUCUUGGUACUUGGCAAAAAGCCAUUAGAAAACACUGGAGAGGAAAGAAAUCAACAUGAUCCAACUGGUACAGCUUGCCUAGAGAAAAACAAUUUGCCUGUUCAGUUGGAUUACAGAAAUAACAUUUACAACUAUGGAUGGCCUUAUCCUUUCUGGCUUGGACAAUCAUGUCCACCUUGUGAGACUCCUAUGUACAUGUAUCCUGGAAUGCCUCAAUGGAUGUAUCCUUAUUCAUAUUCCUAUCAGAAUAAUCAUUCUGAGGAUUUACCAGAUAGGUCAGAACCUGCUUUAAGGUCUACAUUUGCACCUCCAGACACUCAUCUAACACUACAGUCUGUACCUCCAGCUCAUUUAUCUGAAAACAGCAAUUUGAGAGAAACUGAAUCGCCAAAUUACAAUUGUCCCAGAUUACCCGAAAUGAGACGUACACCCACAAUAGAGAACAAAGGGAAACCAUUACAGAGAAGGUUCCGGGAAUCCAAGGAUCGCUAUCAAUUGACUAGUACACCCAAGAAUACAGAGCCAUCUAUGUCCAAAUCUUCUGGGUGCAGAAAACUUCUCAAUUCAUCAGCAGACAGCAUCACUUCACCAACGUUUGACUGGAAAGAACGAUUCAAGAGAAAAUAUUUCAAUUUCCCGGUUCCAUUCAUUGACUCUCACUGCCACCUUGACUUACUCUUUGAAAGAUCAGGUUUUACAGGUACAUUUGAUGAGUACAAGCAGUUGCAUCAGGACACAUUUCCUGAGAACUUCUUUGGCUGUGUAGCAAUUUUUUGUAACCCAGCCUCCUUUGUGCCUGAAGGUGGUUUGUGGCAAUACCUGGCUAUGGACUACAAGUCUAACGUUUAUCUUGCAAUGGGAUGCCACCCAAAGAAUGCUGACAAAUUUAACAGUGUUUCCUACAAGAAUCUUAAAGCUUGUCUUCAACAUCCUAGAGUUGUUGCUCUUGGAGAGAUUGGCCUUGACUACUCGGGAACGUUUUACCAGCACGAGGUGGAACAGAAGACUGUAUUCAUCCAGCAGCUGAAUCUCGCACUGGAAGUGGGCAAACCGAUCGUGAUCCACUGCAGAGAUGCUGAAGAUGACUGUCUUGAGAUCAUGCAAAGGAUUGUACCACGGAAUUAUAAAAUCCAUUGUCAUUGCUUCACUGGAAAUUACACGAGCUGUAAAAAGUGGUUGAACAUGUUUCCCAACCUGUAUGUUGGGUUAACUCCCGUCAUCACCUACAACACUGCCAAGCCUGCUCAAGAGGUGGCCGAGUUCAUUCCACUGGAAAGACUGCUACUGGAAACUGAUGCACCGUACUUUGUUCCCAAUGGGGUUCCACGCAGUCGCCAACAUGUUUCUCAUCCUGGAAUGGCAAUUACAGUGGCUGUUGAAGUGGCAAACCUGAGAGAUGUUCCAGUUUCAAUGGUGCUUGCGCAUUGUUACAGGAACACAAAGACUUUGUAUGGUAUAUAAUCUAGAACUUCCAACUAGCUGUUAUGAGUAUGUGGACUUUUUAAAUGAAAUAUUUGUAAAACUAAUUGAUAUUGAUUUUUCAGGUAUUCCUUUAUAUGCAUUUUGAAUGUUUUGAUAAAAAUAGCAAGCAUUGAUUACACCGUUAAAUACAUUAUGUGGAUUUCUUGUAAUAAAACUCUGAUAAUCCAGUGAUGUGGAAAUUUUUUUUAAUAACCAAGUACACCUUUAACAGGGGUGCAGAAAUGGAAACUAUUUCACUAGCCCACUGGACUAGAACCAACUAAAAUUUACAAACAUGCCCGAAUUUCUACUUGUCUGCCAGCCGAUAGAACAAUAUAUUAAAUUGUUUAAACAUAGUAUAAUGUAUAUUUGACAUUAUUAAGGACACUUGGUAAGUGAUCAGCAUCAUGUGGCGAACAAAAUUAAGACCCAAACUUUGAUUGACAAAUCAAAGCAUUUUGAAAUACACGUAUUCAGUUUUUCACUUUUAUUUCAUAUAGAUUUACAAAAUUGAAGUGACAUUCCAAAAGUAUUUAACAGAAAAAUCUGUUCAAAACACACCGGCAAAAUUAUUUCAACAUUGAUGCAGAGUCACAGAUUCGAUGGAACCCCCCCCCCCCCCCCCCCCCAAAAAAAAAGAAGAAAACCUGUCGGUCAGAAAAAGAUAGAUCACCAGCCGGACUAGUAGUUUAAUUCCUCAGAAUUUUAACUCACAUUUGGCGAGCGGACAAGUACUUUCUGCGCCCCUGCUUUAAAAAUCCACCCAUUGAUAUCAGCUAUCAUAUUAUAGUCGAUGUGUAAAAUGCCUUUACCAACCUUGGAUCGCCAUUAAUAAGGUGAUUUGCCAACCUGAUUGUCUAGAAAUGCCUUUUCCCAUUAUGUAUGUUUCACUUUACUUUGUUUUAUGGAUAAUUUUCAGUUAUAAAUUUAAGUUUAUUGUUCUACUUUACAUAUACUUACAUUAAUUGUAUUGUACUCUCUUUUGUUUAUUAUUGUAGACAUUUAAUCUUUUGGUGUUUUGUACAUCACCUUAAAUACGUAGCUACUAGUAUUUGGAACAUAAGUUAUAUACAUGUCUCUUACUAACUGGUUCUCUUUGUAACUGAUGAUAACUCUGUAGUUGUGCAGCAGAGGAUGAAAAAAUACCCUAAGUUUGGUGCAACUGGGGCCUGAAGCAUAACAUUUUUCACAAUGGCUGAAAUGGUGUUGAAUUCACAAAAAUAUAAGAUGACAUUUUCUAAAAUAGGUGCAAACAUGAUAGUGGUCGUUUUCAAAAUGAUAAUUAAGCCAAUAAAUAAAAUUGUUCUUAAACUACUUUACCAAUUCCAGCCAUUGGAAGCUUCCUUGGCACAUGGACUUACAACUUUGAUAAUUUUGACCCCCCCCCCCCCCCCCCCCCCCCCCCAGGGGCCCGAGGCACAGAGCCCAAAAGGAGAAAAUUAAUCUAAUAAAAAACAAAAAAUUCUCAAACUACCAGGAUUUCCUGUAAUUAAGCCUGGGGCUUAAGUACAGAAAAAAAAUACCUUGGAGAAGAUAAAGUUUGAUCAGAAAUUAGGCCCUGGGCUUAAAUUAAGAAGAUGAAAAAAUAUUUGUAUUUUAAAUAAAUAUGUGAGUUAUGAUGGCAAUGGUAUACAUACUAAUUAACGUUCAGUGACCAUUAUAGUCACAUACACAACAUGUUUUAAUAUUAGAGGGGGUAUUAAUAUGACUUUUAACUGAGGAAGGGCAAUGCAUACAUGUACAUGCAUUCUAGCCAACUCUGUUUGAUAGUUGAGGAAAGGGAGACAGGAGUGUUUUCGACGCCUUUGAAUAGAUCUGUUUAUGUAGGAUUAUUUGAUGAAUAUUCAAGUGUACUGUCUGCUUAAAAGUAAUUAGGUAAGGUAUCUUGGCGCAACCAUUGUCAGCACAUUACAAUCUUCAUAUUAUCAAGUUAUUUAAUUAUGCAAACAUUGUACAAUGUAUAUGAUACUAAUAAUUUGGAAGGCUUUUUUAAUCACAGUCAAAUGUAAAGAUAACAAUAUAACUGCAACUAUGAUAAUACAUUUUUAAUUCUAGUACUUUUACAGUUUGUCAUUAAAAAGUUUUUUCUAUUUUAACAGUAAAUAUGAUGGAUUUUUGUAACCCAGUGGAGAUUCCUGUUAAAAAAAAUCUAAAUUUUCCAUUUUUAAAGCCAUGGGCUUCAUUUCGCGUGGGUUUAAAUAUGUGAAGUCCUGGUACUUGACCAGUUCCAGCCAAAUGUUACUGGAAGCUUCUUUGGCACAUGGAUAAACAAAUUUGGUUAUUAUGACCCCAGUUAGAUUUCAUUGGAAGCUUCCUUGGCAGAUGGAGAAGUGGGUUUGUGAAUCUGGUAAUUUUAACCCUGCAGAGGCCUGAAGAGGAGUUCAAAAGGGGAAAAUUAAGCCAAUUAAAAAACCCCAUCUUCUCAAACUACUUGACCAAUUUGAGCCAAAUUGCAUUGGGGGGAAAAGUUCCGUUCUUCUUUAUUUCCAAACAUUCUGUAAGUGAGUACAAUAGUCUUCAGAAUUAAUAUGUAAAGGUCAAUAGAUGGUUUAUUUAAUUUUUACGGUAAUUAAUGUCAGGUCCCCUCCCUCAUUUGUACCCAGGGAGGUGGUGAAGUUUACUAUAGUUGUAUAGAGAAAUGCAUUUAAGAAAUAGACCUUUUAGAUAAUGGUCACCAUCAUGUUCACAUGAACUUAAAAAAAUUUCAUCUUAUAUUUUCAUAAAGCUUAGCGCCCCAAAGUCUAGUUUCCAGCACAGUAACAAAUGCUAUCCAUUCAGGUCUGGUACAAUUUGUUGUCCCCUGCUGCAGGACUACUCUGCUUAGGUCACUGUUAACCAUCACCACUAGAGUAAUUUUUGGAGACAAUACAUUUGUUUAUAUAUUGAUUAUAUUGCUCUUUAUUUGCUUGAUUUACAAACAUGUAAUGUAACAAAAUGCAUGUUUAAAAAUGGCAGGUUCUUGUCCAGAGAAUAUUAAAAAUAGAUGAGUCUCUAAAGAACUUUAUUAGCAUGCAUUAUUUUAGACCUAUUUUAGUUGUAGAGCUUAUCUGCAAUGAAAUGCAGAAUAUACUUCUUCUUUUUUUUAGAUGGAAGAAUACAGAUUUAAAAGUAAAUGCAUUGUUAACUGCAGUCAAUUCAAUGAAUUGAAUAAUUGUUUCAUUUUCUUAAAACAAAAUAGUUAGUUUUGUUACAUGUAUAUGUUUGGCUACUUAUCUGCACAAUGAAAUGCAGAAUAUACUCUUUUUGUUUUAGAUGGAAGAAUACAGAUUUAAAAGUAAAUGCAUUGUAUGUAUGUAUGCAGUCAAUUCAAUGAAUUGAAUAGUUGUUUAAUUUUCUAAAACCAAAAUAGUUAAGUUUUGUUAUAUGUAUAUAUGCCACAAGUUAAUAAAAAUUGUUAACCCUG